AUGACGGUACAAAAAUAUCAGUACAUCCAACGUACCGACCGAUACAUCGUCGCCAUCCCUAGAAUCCAGAUUCUGGAAUAUUCUGACUUCGGCGCCACACUCGAGAAUAUUCUCCUUGCAAUGUGUACGCCGACAACCGUACCGACACGUCGUCAAUCUAUUUUUGCAGUACGUGCCGGUCGGAUCGGAAUCGUUCUGUUCGUCAGCCCUAAAUCGCCGCUUGGAAAUCAAUACCGAAUUUUAACUUCCCUCAGAAAUCAAAAUUAUUCGACAAAGCGAUUGAAAAUUUGUGUUGUCAUCCGAUUCGAAUUGAUAGCGAAAAAGGUAUGUAUUUCAUGUUCAUAUCAGUUUGAAAUUUAAAUGCAUACCUACACAAGUAUUUUUCUGACUUUAAUUUAACUUCUUUAACUUUACUAACUUUACAUUAUAUUUUACGAUAAACAAAACUAUUAUCUUUUUUAAUUACUUUUUAAAUUAUUCUAUGAAAACUACAUAACUAGGUACCUACCUACCUAUACUAAUUAUUGUGCUUAAUAUUAGUUAAUUUGCUUUAUUGCUUAGGUAUAUACCUACCCAUUAUAUUAGAUACUAUAUAAUAUGCCUAAGAUUUCCAUUCAAUAGAUAUACCAAAUACCAUUGAUUAUAAAUACUAAUAUUUAAUGAUACUUUUUUUUUACAAACUUACUAUUGUCAUUAUUGAUUUAUUUGAGAAUUUUGAUUUUUAUGUUGGCAGAUUUAUAAAUCAAAAUAAUUAGGUACAUUUUAUGUAAAUAUGUCUACCUACCUAGUAAAAUUAAAUUUUGACAAUUUGAAUAAAAUAUGAAUAAUACAAAUAUUUUACUUAUAAACUUUUAUUUGUUUUCUAUAUUAAUAUAUUCACUCUAUCUAGAGUAGAGUAGAACAAUUUUUUUUAAAACCAUUUUAAAUGGAUUAAUAUUACAAUAUAUUAAUAUUUAAUGUAUUGGUAAUGCACAAUAUAUACUUGAUAGACAUAAUAAUACUAGUUUUAUAAAUGUAUUAUAAUUGUAUGGCAAUUUAAUUGUUAAUUACAUAAACAUAUUUAGAUUUAUAUUCUUUUUGUUUUCCAGAUGUCUCUCUUGACGUUCUUAUUAGUUUUAUUAAUUUUUAUUAGUUUAUAUAGUAUAUUGAAAAUGGAUUAGGUACACUACUUGUAACUUUUGUUAUGACUUGGCAGUGUAAAAUGAUUUCUAUAAUAUAUAUAUAUAUUUCUUUUUAGAUGUCUCUCUCUUACCAUUUUUAUUGGAGGACCUUUCACACCCAACCGUUUACGAUCAGGAUUUUGGAUUGGAAUUGUUAGAUGAUAUAUUAGUACCAACAGAAUAUAGCUCUCAUUUUGGAAGAAAUCCUUUUGGACUUAGAGGUUAUCAAAGACCUAUGCGUCUUGUGGCAGCGCCUAAAAGUGGUUUGUCUCGUAUUCGCAAUGACAAGGAUGUGAAGGUGAUCGAUGAUUACAUCAUAGUGGAUGGCAAACAUGAAGAACGCAGUGAUGAACACGGUUUCAUUUCUCGUCAGUUUACCCGCCGUUAUAAAAUCCCAGACACUGUUGACCCAAAAUCGAUUACAUCAUCUUUGUCAUCGGACGUUGUGCUCAGCAUUGGUGCUCCCAAGAAGGUAUAGUUUAAGAUAAUAUUUACUGUUGAGGUUUAAUCAUAAAUAAUAUCAUAGAUAUAAUAAUAAUAAUUAUGUCUAUGCAUAAUAUUUAAUAGUAUUAUCAACAGGUAUAACAUAUUAAUGAUUUCUGUCAAAUAAUUUAGGUUGUCAAUAAUAAAAAAGAGAUAUCCAUUCCCAUUAUUAAAACUAAUGAGCCCAGUAUUAAAGUAUCAUCUAGCAAAGAAAAUAAGGCAGAAGAAAUAGUGGAUACUAAAUAA